AGCAUCAAAACAAAAUCGAAACUGAACAAAAAUGAUGAGACUGAGAAAAGUAUUGUCACUGAAACAGUCUUAUAAUUCUAUCUACAAUCAUUUCACAAAACAACCUACUUAUUCUCGUAAAUUUCCUGUCUCGCACACCAAAUUUUCUUACUCUACACAAUCCGAUAUUUCUCACAGUAAUUUCAUCGAACAGUUGGACGACAAUAACAACGACAAUGCAAAACCCUCCACCGCCACCAUCUCCAUCGACCGCUCCGGUCUUUAUAACACUCCCGAACAUUCUCACAAAUUCACUUCAGAUUCAGAGCUGGUCAAGCAUCUUAAAGGAAUUAUUAAGUUUCGAGGCGGCCCGAUUACGGUAGCAGAGUAUAUGGAAGAAGUCUUGACAAAUCCCAAAGCUGGAUUUUAUAUAAAUCGCGAUGUGUUUGGUGCGGAAGGCGAUUUUAUAACGUCUCCUGAAGUUAGCCAGAUGUUCGGGGAGAUGGUUGGUGUAUGGGCUAUGUGUUUAUGGGAGCAAAUGGGACGGCCGAAGAAUGUGAACCUAGUUGAGCUUGGUCCAGGCCGCGGAACUCUUAUGGCUGAUCUUCUGCGUGGUUCUUCAAAGUCUAAGAGCUUCACGGAAUCAUUGCAUAUACACAUGGUAGAAUGUAGCCCUGCAUUACAGAAGCUUCAAUUUCAAAACCUAAAAUGUGUGGAUGGUCAGAAUGCUGAUGGAAGUGUUGAGAAUAGGACUAUUAGCACAUUAGCUGGAACACCUAUAUCAUGGCAUCCUUCACUGGAGCAGGUUCCUACAGGAGCACCAACAAUUAUCAUUGCCCAUGAGUUUUAUGAUGCUUUACCGGUUCAUCAAUUCCAGAGGUCUUCUCGUGGCUGGUGUGAGAAAAUGGUUGAUGUUGCAGAUGAUUCAACGUUUCGCUUUGUUCUAUCUCCACAGCCAACUCCCGCAACUCUCUAUUUAAUGAAGCGUUGCAAGUGGGCUGCAACUGAAGAAUUAGAGAAGCUUAAUCACAUUGAGGUUUGCCCAAAAGCAAUGGAUCUAACUCGGACAAUUUCCCAGAGAAUAAGUUCUGAUGGAGGGGGAGCCCUUAUAAUUGAUUAUGGUCUAAAUAGUGUAGUCUCAGAUAGUUUGCAGGCAAUUAGGAAGCAUAAGUUUGUAGACAUACUAGACAAUCCUGGCUCCGCUGAUCUCAGUGCGUAUGUUGAUUUUGCUUCAGUCAAGCACUCUGCGGAGGAAGCUUCAGAAGAUAUUUCAGUCCAUGGCCCGGUUACUCAGUCCGAGUUGCUUGGUUCUCUUGGCAUAAAUUUUCGUGUGGACGCAUUGCUACAGAACUGUACGGAUGAACAGGCAGAGUCUCUAAGAAGUGGAUACUGGCGUCUCGUGGGUGACGGUGAAGCCCCUUUUUGGGAGGGGCCCGAUGAACAGGGCCCGAUCGGAAUGGGUACCCGGUAUCUGGCGAUGGCUAUUGUGAACAAGAAGCAAGGGGUUCCAGUGCCAUUUAAGUAAGGUUGGAAAUGUUUAAUGUUCUUUAAGCUUACCAAUUAAGAUUUUGUAGGUUGAUAUAGUUUAUUGUGCCAUACAAUAAAUGUGCAACAUAGGGUUUGUGUUUCUUGCAAAACAAGGUGGUCUAGGUUGAUUUUAUUUUGCCUAUUGGUUAUCUUCUAUUAGUUCUCUUUUUGUUUAGGCUUUUGCCUCUUCCCCUUGUGCUAAAAAAAGACUGAUCUGAACCAGUUGGUCCUUUUGGUCUAUAAAAAAAAAACUAUUUUU